GUGUUGAAGAUGAAAGUGUCCCACAAAUGUCCCCAAAAUGAUGGGACACACUUUGCCUCAAAGUUGCUGCUACUGUUUACUACCCGACAGCUUUAGCUUUUGCCUUUGUCCUUAAAUCAAGUUAAUCCCAUUUUUUCUAAAUUACCAAAAAAGUGACUUUUCAAUUCCUAUAAAACAAUCUUCUUCACAAAGCCUCUUAUCUCAUCAACAAGUCUUUCUCUCUCUCUAGACAACCACAAGAACACAAAACACACAAAAACAAAGAGGUUCUUUCUUUGAAGAAGAAAUGGAAAAAGUUGAUGUUUAUGAUGAGCUUGUUAACCUAAAGGCAACAGAGCUGAGAUUGGGAUUACCAGGGACAGAAGAAACUGUUUCUUGUGGAAAAAGCAACAAAAGAGUUUUACCUGAAGCUACUGAGAAAGAGAUUGAAUCCACUGGAAAAACUGAAACCGCUUCUCCUCCAAAGGCUCAGAUUGUUGGAUGGCCACCAGUUAGAUCUUACAGAAAGAACAAUGUUCAGACAAAGAAGAGUGAAUCUGAAGGUCAAGGAAACUAUGUGAAAGUAAGUAUGGAUGGUGCUCCAUAUCUAAGGAAGAUAGAUCUAACGAUGUAUAAACAAUAUCCAGAGUUGAUGAAAUCACUUGAAAACAUGUUUAAAUUCUCUGUGGGAGAAUAUUUUGAGAGAGAAGGAUAUAAAGGCUCAGACUUUGUACCUACUUAUGAAGACAAAGAUGGUGAUUGGAUGCUUGUUGGUGAUGUUCCUUGGGAGAUGUUUGUUUCGUCUUGUAAGAGGCUAAGGAUCAUGAAAGGAUCUGAAGUUAAAGGUUUAGGUUGUGGUGGUCUUUAACAAACCUAAUUGAGAGAUAAAGAUCAAAGAGAAAGAUUCAAAAACAGAGUUUUUUGUUCUGUUUCUUGAAACAGAGUAAAUAUAGCUCUGAAACUGCUCGGGUUCUUGGGGAGAGAUGUUUCAUACAAUCAUACUUUGUGAAUGUUUACCUCAUCGGUAAAAAGAGAGAUGCUUAAAAUGGUCUUAAGCAUAAAAGUGUGAGAAAGAUCUAAAUCUAAACUUUAGCUGUAACUCUGUCUCCAUUAAAGAGAAAGGUUUUGUGGUAUUAGAAAGAUCUAAUCUGAAGAUUAUCUUUGUGUUUUUCACUUUUUAUAAUGUUCUUAUCGAACAACUUUGAUGUUUUUGAUGUAAUUACCCAUUUUUCUGUUCUGUUUCUCUUCAAAUUAAGAUCUGUCUUUACAAAACUGUAACACAGAACAUUAAACCUAACUUGUAGAUGAACACAACGAAGACAAAUCAUUAAACCAAAGCUGCUUUAUGGUAAAAAUAAUAAUCCCAGCUUCUAAACA